AUGAGCGAGGUACGGAAGAAUCGUAGCAAAUGGGCCAGUGAGGAUAAAAUCGGCCAGGAAGAGCUAUACGAAGCCGCGGAGAAAGUCCUCAGCGAACUCAAGGCGAUGACGGAGCAUUCAAGUGCCUUUCUGACUCGUGUGAAUAAACGAGAUGCGCCGGAUUAUUACACAAUCAUCAAGCAUCCCAUGGAUCUGGGAACAAUGACCAAGAAGCUGAAAGCACUGCAGUAUAAGUCAAAGCAAGAGUUUGUUGAUGACAUCAAUCUGAUCUGGUCGAACUGUUUCAAAUAUAACACAAAUCCGGACCAUUUUCUGCGCAAGCAUGCCUUGUACAUGAAAAAGGAGACGGAGAAGCUUGUUCCUCUUAUUCCAGAGAUUGUAAUCAGAGAUCGUGCUGAAGUUGAAGCAGAGGAGCGUAGACUUCAGCUCGCGGAGCUUGACGGUGCAGAAGAGAGUGACGAUGAGCCUAUCAUGUCCUCCAGAGGUAGGAAAGCUCCCGGUAAAUCGUCCAAGAAGGGUGCUGCUCCAGCUCGAAAUACCCCUAGCGGAUCUGAGCCUCCUGCAUCUUCCCAGCCACCAGCACCUGCACGCGCGGACUCCGAUGUUCCUGCCGAUGGCACCCAAAACGGUUUCGCGACACCACCACCCGGGACACAGACACCCUCAGACCCUGCUGGCGUCGCGGCUGGUGUCUCCGGAAGUCAUGGUGAUUCUAUGGACAUUGAUGGAUUAGCGCCCCCGACUAAUGCACUCAGUGCUUUAUCAGCACCGGGCGCGGAAGCUGAGGAUCCUGAGUACAAGGUUUGGAAGCAAGUCACGAAAAAAGACAGAGCUCUUAUUGCUGCAGAAAGGCAUCGCUUGUUUAAAGGUGAUAAGCUAAACUCGGACGAACCGGCUCUACUGCGCACCAAAGCUGGUAUGCGAAGGUGGCUGAGGAAUCAAAAACAGGUUAAUGCGGAAGGUGAUAAGUCCAACGAGCAAAAUGCACAAGCCAUGGAGCCUGGCCCAGCUGGGGAAUCUCUUGCUGAAGGGAUUGAGGUCGAAGAGGAUAAAGUGAUUCCUGAUUAUUACGAUGUUAUGUCAGGUGUUCCUGAUCUGCCUGUGCAACUGCUUUGGAGGGAAGACUCUGAUGGCAAUAUCGUGGAUGCUUCAGAGGAGUUUCUAAGGAUCUUGCCGAAGGGAACAUUCACCCAGCCCGAGAGCAAACUUUCCCGCAAGAUGGAUGCGAAUAUGCGGCAAAUGCAAGAGACUCGAAAGAUUUGCUCCAAGAUUGGCAUUGUCAAGCAGAUGCAGUUGCAAUCUCAGAUGUACCAGAACCAAUUCCAGAAAUACCAGCCGGAACCAUUUGUUGAGCACGAUGUUCCUCCUCAUGUGAUGAAUGAUGAAGGGCCUGUUGUUUCUCCAUGGGUUUGCAAGGCAGCUUUGCAGCGCUCCGUUGCAAAGAUAUUCUACCACACUGGAUUUGAGGAGUACCAACCGUCAGCUCUUGACGCUGUCACUGAUAUCGCUUCUGAUUUUUUUCAGAAGAUAGGAGAAACCUUCAAGUCUUAUAUUGAGGCACCCAAAGUUCCUACCAGCGAUUCAACGGAUAUAAUGCCUUUAAGCAAUCAGUGGAAGAAGGCAUACACUGAACCGGAAAUUGUGCUUCACACACUGAACUCUGUCGGCAUCGGUGUUGAGGAUAUUGAGUCUUAUAUCAAAGACGAUGUGGAACGACUUGGAACGAAGCUAGCGACUGUCCAUGACCGCUUGAGGUCUUUGCUAUCUGAGCUUCUGCGGCCUGCCCUUGCCGAUGGAGGCGAAGAUGGUUCCAGUGCAUUUGCAGAUGGCAGUGAACAGUUCGUUGGCGGUGACUUCGCUGAAGACAUUGACGAAGAUUUCUUCGGGUUCAAGGAGCUCGGUUUGGAUAAGGAAUUCGGCUUGGCUACUCUCAGUGUCCCGCUUCACCUACUUCAGAAUAGGAUGUACAACGCUGCUCAGUCCCAGAAUACAAGUUCCACCCAAACCAUAACCCUCUUCCCACCGCCCCCUCCAUACCCACGGAUCACAUCGGAGACGUUACCGGCACAAAUUGGAUUGGUCCAAGGGUUUUUUGGCGCCAAGUUGCAAGCGAACAACACCGAGGGUCUGAUUGAAGAUCUCGAACUACCACCGAAACAAAGACCAAUGGCUGCUAAACCCCGUCUUCCAGCCUCUGGCAAGAUCCAGCCACCCUCAGCCCCGACCGGGCCGACUUCCAGCCCCCAAAAGCGGCCACUCCCUCCAACAGCUCCUGGUCAGCAACCAAACGCUGUCAAGCCUGGGCCCUCAGAACCCAGUAAGAAGAAGGUCAAGAAGAACAGUGGCGUGGCCCUGGAAAUUCCUGGAUCAGUUGCCGACGGAGACGAAGCUGCAGCGAAUCUGGAUGGCACUAAGACUACCGAUGACCCAACGUCGACAAACUUGGAUUCCAAGGACUCUGCUGAGGUCUCGGGGGGUCCCGUGACCGAAUCUAGCAACGUUAAGAACGGACUAGAUAACUCCAUGUCAGACGUUACUGCUGCUGGUGAAGGCGCCGGUCUUGCCGGUGAUGCUAACGGCGAUCCAAACAAAAGCCACAACAGCACGGCUCCGUUGACAAACGGUACAGCGGGUGAUACAUCAUGA